AUGUUACAUCUCAAAGCCCUUCUCAAUGUGGGUUUAACUUUAGUAUUUAUAUUAUUUUUCUGCGAAUAUCUCAUAUAUUAUGUGGUGCUUAUACAGUGCGAAUGGCCCACUCUGGACCCUCAAAAGGACGACUCCACUUUACAUGGAGAUGCAGCAGACAAACCUAUCAAAGCUAUGUUUAUAGCAGAUACCCAUUUACUAGGUUCCAAAGAAGGCCACUGGUUUGAUAAACUUCGAAGAGAAUGGCAAAUGUACAGAGCAUUUCAAACAAUGAUGACAUUACACCGAAUGGACGUAGUUUUCAUAUUAGGAGAUGUUUUCGACGAAGGCAAAUGGUGCGGCUCCGCAGAAUUCGAGUACUACAUAAAGAGAUUCCAUUCCCUAUUCUACGUGCCUAAAGACACGCGUAUCUAUGUCGUCGCUGGAAAUCAUGAUAUGGGAUUUCAUUAUGCAAUUACGCCAUAUCGCAAUCAGCGUUUCAUUAAUGGCAUGAAAAGCCCGAACGUGCGACGGCUGAGUCUAAGAGAUAAUCACUUCGUGCUGAUCAACAGUAUGGCAUUAGAAGGGGACGGCUGUUUCUUAUGUCGACCAACUGAGGUCGCAGUGAAUAAAAUAGCUAGUGAGCUAUCACGUGUUCGUUCUUAUACUGCAUUCAGAGAAAAGCAUAAUGAUAGUAACAAAGAGGAUCUGAAAUGUGCGAGAAGAAUCGGCAACGAUUGUUAUAAUGCCAGCGCGAUUUCCAGAUACAGUAGGCCCAUAUUACUGCAACAUUAUCCGAUGUAUCGAGAAUCAGAUGAGAUCUGCAACGAAUUGGAUCAGGCUCCCGAUGAGUUAAAGGCCAUCAAGUUUCGGGAACGUUGGGAAUGCUUGUCGAAAGAAGCGUCGGAGCAGCUUCUAGAUAUAUUGAAUCCGCGACUGAUCGUCGCCGGUCACACACAUCACGGCUGCAGGAGGAUACAUCGGGAUGACAUUCUGGAAUUCACGAUGUCGUCUUUCAGCUGGCGCAAUAAAGUCAACCCAUCUCUUCUGAUGGGUACUUUCACUCCCAGCAAUUAUUCCGUCUCCAAGUGUUACAUGCCCGUGGAAUCUACUGUGAUCGUUAUUUAUACAUGUAGUCUCUUAUGCAUACUGAUAUAUUUGAUUAUAAAACUCAGGCCGAGGCGGCACGCAUACUCGCGCUUGAGAAGAUGCCUUGACUAACUAUUACAACACGUUCGUACGUAAACGAACGUAUAAUAAUUCUAUAUACAAUGCAGAUCCAUAGAGGGUGUAAUUGUCGAAUUUAGAACUGUAUACAUCUUUCGUACACGUUAGCCAUCACGUAUUAUUUACAACAGUAAUAGUAUAAAACACUUUGUGAUAUAUUGUAAAUUGUAACAAUGUCAAUAUCUCGAUGUACAUAGAAUUCUAUUACGGAGAACUCGAGACACAUUUACUAAAGGACUUUAUAUAUAAGCAUCAACGUAAGUGAUA